AUGAAACUUGCAUUCAAUUCUUUCCCUCAAACACAGCCUGCUCUCAAAACCCUCGCUAUGUCUUGCCAGAACUACUCUCGCAACUGCAGCUCAGGCUCCCCCGGAAAUUCCUGCCACAUCCCUGCCUCCUCCUCCGUUGCCCGCUGCUCUACAAAUGUGAGCUGUGGAGAUGUCUUCUGCUUACCCAGCAGCUGUCAAGAUCGUGCCUGGCUCACGGACAAAAGCCAAGAGACCUACAUUGAACCAACAAGCUGCCAGCCAACCAACUGUGUGCCCAGCAACUGCGCAAACUCCUGGAGAUCUUCCACUAUUUACUAUGUGCCCAGACCCAGCCUAGGAACCAGUUUUAUUCCUGCUUCUUCCUGUGUCUCCAGCUCCUGCCUCCCAGUAUCCUGUAAACCUCCGAGCUAUGUGUCCAGCAGUUGCCGUCCGCAGAACACCCUGAUCAAUACUUGCCAACCCAUAGGUAGCGUGCUCAGUGCCUACCGCCCUUUGACCUCUCUGUCCAGCAGCUGCCGACCCCAGAGCCUCCUCACUUAUGGAUGCCAACCCGUAGGUUACUUGGCCUGUGGUCCUCAAGCAGUUCAUAUCGUCUCCAGCAGCCCAAGACCUCUGCCGCCUCCAUCCAGCGGCUGCCAACCUGUGACCCACGUGUAUGGCACAUGUCAUCCAUCUUGCUCUGUCCAGGGAGGCCAGUAGUGUGCUUGUUCCAGCAAAUCAUCAUGCUGAAGACUCAGGAUAUAAAUUCAAACUCCAUGGACUUCUGGUUCUUUCUUAGUGGUGUCUGAUUGCUGGUUGGGUGUUUCUACUAUAGCUGAUCUAAUGUGAUUUACUACUUUCACAUUUUCAUCUUUCCUUGAUGUUAAAAAAAUUGGUUUACAAUGUGUCUCAAUGUUGCCUGAGUGUGGGAAGCAUGUAUUUGUUCGCACUAUAAUAAACAAGAUCAUGUCAAAGCUAAGAA